AUGGUUUCCAAUGUACAUUUUACAAAAGAUGAUGGUGAUCCCUUUGAUGAUCCUGAAAAUUACAUAAGAUUAGUUGGGAAACUAAACUAUCUUACAGUGACCCGUCCAGAUAUUGCUUAUGCUGUCAAUGUUGUCAACCAAUUAAUGUCUACGUCUACAAUAAAACAUUGGACAACUUUGGAACAUAUAUUGUGUUACUUGAAAAGAGCUCGUAGUCUUCGUAUAGUAUAUAGCAAUCACAGACACACUUGCAUUAAGGGAUUUGCAGAUGCUGAUUGGGCUGGAUCCAAAAUUGAUAGAAGGUCCACUACAGGAUAUUGUGUCUUUGUUGGUGGAAACCUUGUGUCCUAG